AUGGCUUCCUCCACUACAAACGAGACAGCUUCUAGCACAGAACCUUCGCAUGAAGAUAUGGCCCUCCAGCCGCCCGCGGUCCAGGAUCCAGCACUAUUGCACCGAUCACUGACCCAACAACCACAUUUAGUCACCCAUGCCCAAGGAAACUAUCUAUACCUGCCCAACGGCCAAAAAGUCUUGGAUGCAUGCGGCGGAGCUGCUGUUGCCAUCAUAGGGCACGGAAAUGCCGAGGUUAUUGCAGCAACGGUAGAGCAGAUGCAGAAAGUGAGCUACGUGCACACAAUGUCAUACACCACCAGCUCGGCAGAGAAGCUCGCGACGUUGCUUCUCUCCAAAAGCAGCGACAUGCACAAGCUUACAAAAGCGUAUCUGGUUGGUAGCGGAAGCGAGGCAAAUGAAGCGGCGCUGAAGGCGGCUCGACAAUAUUUUGUGGAGAAGGGAGAGCUGCAGAGAUGCCACUUCGUGGCAAGACGACAAAGCUAUCAUGGAAAUACAAUGGGUGCAAUGACGAUUUCAUCGAAUCUGCCCCGAAAAGAGCCUUACAAUGACAUUUUGCCCACGAACGUGUCGUUCGUCAGCCCGGCGUAUGCAUAUCAGUAUCAAAGACGCGGCGAGACUGAAGAAGAGUAUUCCGAGAGGCUAAUCCAAGAGCUUCGACGGGAGAUUCUUCGCAUUGGCCAUGAGAAAGUUAUUUCUUUCAUAGCUGAACCGGUAGUUGGGGCGACAUCAGGCUGCACCUCGGCGCCAAAAGGAUACUUCCGAGGCAUUCGCGAGAUGUGCGAUGAAUUUGGCAUUUUGCUUCAUUUGGAUGAAGUUAUGUGUGGUGUUGGACGCACCGGAACAUAUUUCGCUUUCGAGCAGGAAGGUAUUGUUCCAGACAUCGUGACUAUCGGCAAGGGUCUGGGGGGAGGCUAUGUCCCUGUCUCCGCUAUGCUGCUUAGCGAGAAAGUAGUUGAUGUCCUGAGAGGAGGAACUUCUGCAUUCAACCACGGCCAGACGUUCCAGGCACAUCCAGUAGCAUGCGCUGCGGGACUUGCGGUGCAAAAUAUCAUAAAACGAGACGGCUUGGUGGAAAGUUGUGCUAAAGCUGGAAAGCAUCUUGAAACUUUGCUACGGGAUGCAUUUACUAACUGCAAAUAUGUUGGUGACAUCCGGGGAAGGGGACUGUUUUGGGCAUUGGAGUUUGUCGAAGAUCGAAGCAGCAAAAGACCUUUCAAGAAGGGCAUUGCGUUUGGUGAGAUGGUUCAAAAGACUGCCUUCGAACUCGGUGUGGCAUUUUAUCCGGGUACUGGUACAGUAAAUGGAAUUGAAGGAGACCAUAUCCUGAUCGCGCCGCCCUUUACUGUUUCCAAUAACGAGCUGUUCACGUUAGUAUCUGUCUUGAAACAAGCAUACGAAGUUGCCGAAAAAGCUGUAAAGCCUUGGGUAACAUAG